AUGUACCAUCGCGUGUUCACCCUUUUGUUGGUCAGUGCGGUGACCUUGAGCAGCGCGCAGUUUCGGUGCCCGGAACCGAAGGGGUUCUUUCCGGACGCGGAGCAAUGCGACCUGUACUAUGUUUGCUUGAACGGUAAAGCGGAGGAGAAAUUGUGCAAAGACGGCCUGGUGUUUAGGGACGACAACCCUAAGAAGGAGCUGUGCGAUGUACCGGCCAAUGUGCCAUGUGGAGACAGAAAUCUUCUUCAGGAGCCACAACCAAGCAAAGGAUGUCCUCGCGCUAACGGAUACUUCAAGCACGAGGAUCCGACCGCCUGCGAUCGUUUCGUUAAUUGCAUCGACGGCGUAGCACAAACGUUACCUUGCCCACCCGGUUUGAUCUACGAGGACAAGAUGUCGAGUUGCGUGUGGGCGGCGGACGCCAGCCGACUCUGCGAGAAUGUUAGAAGAGACGUCCUCGACGACGGUUUCGUUUGCCCGGACGGCGAUGUUGCGGGACCACUUGGCAGGAUCCUGCCACAUCCUACGUAUCCCCAUCCUGAGGACUGUGCCAAGUUCUAUAUCUGCAAGAACGGCGUGGACCCGCAGAAAGGACAAUGCGACGCUGGCACUGUCUACAGCGAGGACAGCUUCAAAUGUACCGAGCCAGAGAAUGUACCUGGAUGCGAGGACUACUACAAGAACAAGAACUAA